CCGAAAAAGAACAUUGCUUCUACAAAGAAAAACUAUGGCUACAAACCACUGGUGACUGACCAAAGAAAAAUAUAAUCAGACUGGUUUCAUUAAGAGUAACAGGCAUCCGAGUGUGUUUCAAAGGACAGACAGGUUUCAUUAAGGGUAACAGGUAUUCAAAGGACCUCUACCCAUACUAGGUACACCAGAAAUCAGCUAUUGCUAUAUGUCAGAUAUUUGGUCGGUGAUCGCCGUUUCUCGACUGACUACCAGGUGGCUCUCGGUGAUUCUGCUCCCCCACUUCCUCAGUGUGUUGUAUUGUUGAUACUCCCUAAUGGUGACGUAGAAAACUGAGUAUGAAGAAUCUCGCACAAACUUUGACUCCAGUCGUCAUGUUAUGAUCUCUGUAGAAUAUCAUACAAGCCUCACCCUGAAGCGUUUGUGCACAGCUGACUAUCCGGCUAAUUCAUCACCAGGGCACUUUUGAAACCGUGGGUAUGACAGGUUUGGAGAAGACAGAUAAAUCAAGAGCUGGGACACCUCCAGUUCCGCCCUCGUACAGUGCCAUCUCUCCCAUUCACCAAACUCAACAACUGCUGCCCUUUCAAGAUGGAUACACAUUUCCUCCUCCACUAUUUCAGAGCAUUACUAAUGAUGCAGUGUCUACAGGUGGAGCCAUGCCCGCUCAGGGUAACAUGCAUCGAACACACACUAGAUCCAUGUCAUCUCUCCCCCCCGAGCCCUUCAUGAUCAUGCGAAGUAAAGCCUUAAAUCGAAGGGUUACCAUUAAUGUUGGAGGGGUGAAGCACGAGGUGCUAUGGCGUACUCUUGAAAGGCUUCCACACACUCGACUAGGUCGUCUGCGAGAGUGUAACACGCACGAGGCAAUCAUGAAACUGUGUGAUGACUACAGCCUAGUGGACAACGAAUAUUUUUUCGACCGGCAUCCGCGGUCGUUCAGCUCGGUGCUCAAUUUCUAUCGCACAGGUAAGCUUCACCUCGUGGAGGAAAUGUGCGUGCUGGCCUUCAGUGACGACUUGGAAUACUGGGGUAUCGAUGAACUAUAUCUGGAGUCUUGCUGCCAGCAUAAAUAUCACCAGCGAAAAGAGAAUGUGCAUGAGGAGAUGCGCAAGGAGACUGAAUUACUAAGAAAAGGGGAAGAAGAAGAUUUUGGAGAGGGACGUUUUAUUAAGUAUCAGAAAUUUCUGUGGGAUCUUCUUGAGAAACCAACAUCGUCUGUAGCAGCAAGGGUCGUCGGUGUGAUCUCUGUUCUGUUUAUAGUUCUGUCAACAAUCGCUCUGACACUCAACACGUUACCCCAAAUGCAGGUGGAGGAGAAGGAUGGCCAGCAAGGUGGAGAUAAUCCUAAGCUGGCCAUGGUGGAAGCUGUUUGCAUCACGUGGUUUACUCUGGAGUACGUCUUGCGGUUUCUCUCGGCGCCAAAUAAGUGGAAGUUCUUUAAAGGCGGAUUGAACAUUAUAGAUUUGCUAGCUAUUCUGCCGUACUUCGUCUCUCUGUUUCUCAUUGAAUCCAACAAGCACACGGACCAAUUUCAGGACGUCAGACGUAUUGUACAAAUCUUCCGAAUCAUGAGGAUUCUGCGAAUCUUAAAACUAGCUCGUCACAGCACUGGGUUACAGAGUCUUGGGUUCACGCUCAGAAAUAGUUACAAGGAACUCGGGUUGCUUAUGUUGUUUUUGGCUAUAGGGAUCAUGAUAUUCUCAAGUUUAGCAUACUUUGCUGAAAAGGAUGAACCAGACACUAAAUACAUCAGCAUUCCAGAGACGUUUUGGUGGGCAAGUAUCACCAUGACAACCGUCGGGUACGGUGAUAUCUACCCGACCACACCUUUCGGGAAGAUGAUAGGGAGUGUCUGCUGCAUCUGCGGGGUGCUUGUCAUUGCAUUGCCCAUUCCCAUUAUCGUUAACAAUUUUGCCGAAUUCUACAAGAACCAGAUGCGGAGAGAAAAAGCACUCAAGCGAAAUGAGGCGCUGGAGAGGGCCAAGCGAGAGGGCAGUAUAGUGUCCUUCCACCACGUGAACCUGAGGGAUGCCUUCGCCAAGUCUAUGGACCUCAUCGAUGUGCUUGUGGACACUGGCCACAAUAUUAGUCAGGUGGAUGCCACAAGUUUGGAAGAAUCAGGUCGGAUUCAUACAGGAACUGGAUGUUAUAAAAACUUUGAUCGUAUCAUGCAUGGGGGAAUAUUGGGUCGUCGAAAGGAUUCCCAGGCUCAGGCCCUACCUCUUGAGAUCAUAAGCCCUACUGCUAACAAUCUAGUCGACAUUUCGACCACCAAGAAUGGUCCAGAUGAGGACAGUGGUGGGGCUCCUGAGGGCACAGAAAUGUAUCCCCUCAAGACAAUUAUCAAUAGUCAUCAACCAGAUUAUUCUUCGUCGGAAUUUGUCAUCGAAACAUCAAACCAUGAAUUUUUAUUUGAUCCACACACAGGAGUUCUGCAGUUACUGUUGCUCGAGCUCGUUGUGCACCCCCUCUUGGAACACCAGAAGAGGGUGGCGAACGUACCAAAUAUUAAGCAGGAACUUCGACAAAUUAUUGGCCAGGAUUUUUGCUCUACUGAAGGUUUUCAAACAAACAUUGAAAUGAAGACAAUUAACAAGUGGGAUUUGGGAAGCUUCGAGAGCUCCGACACCUAUGAAAGCUGCAAUACUCACCCCUUUGAUUCCAAAGCAGACCUGGGCAUUGAAGACCCCACUCUUGCACGAAGCAACUUGUAUGUAAAUCCUCUAGAAGACCCCAUGCAGAUAGGCUCAGCCCCUGUAACUCGAAGGUCACUGAAAGUUCCAGAUCAACCUCCAAGAUCUCACACCUCUGUCGCCCUCACCCAUAGCAACUCGUCUGAAGAUAGUGGAAGCUACGAUGAAUCCUCAGGAAGGACGAUUAUUGAACAGCCCCAAAACGACACACAAAAUGCCUUCAGUGCCCUAACAUCUAUGAAGAAACCACGUUUCCUACAAGGUUUGAUAUCUAGAACUCGUUUUGAUGAAAUGGACUCUCCACAACGAAGUUUCCAAUCCUCCACGGACUCUCUUCUUUCAGCUGGUAACAGACCAAAGGUUGGCAUAAAAGCACCUUUUUCUUCCCGAGCGAGGUCCUUAGGAAGAAGUUCUUUUUUCGGAAAUAAGGACAUCAUUCCUGUCUCUCGAAACCAUCACUCAAGCCCAGAGGUCACCAAGAAAAGAUCCAUCUUGAAGAAAGGAGACAGUAUCCAUAAAGAAGAAAUGGAAAGACUGCUAGCUGAAUCAACGCAAAGGUUAUCCACACACAACUCUGAAGAAGCGAACAAUGAGGGAACAUUUACUCAAGCUCAAAGUGGCUCCCAAGUCAAACAUCCACUGAAGGGAAUUGGUCCAAAAACAGGAACCAGACCUCACGCUCAGCCAAUCAAGUUUCUGGGUGUUCUCAAUGACAACAAAUUAUUGUUGAACAAGGGUACUCUUACUCCAAUUGAAACUGUCCCUCGUCUUGUAAGUCACAUACCCCAGCAUAGGAGAAAUCUAUCUGAAGAUAGUUGUCACGUUCCCGUUGGAAACUUGAAUCGGACACUGGUCAGGCAAUCCCAUGUGAGUGACUCUAACAAUAGUAAUGUAACAGAACCUCUUGUGAUGGCUGAAAAUGAACUAUCACACCCCAGAAGCACUUUUGUGCAAUCUACACCAAAUGCUACUGAAGUGUACUGUAGCAAUCCUUUGUGUAUAUAUUCUUACAACCCCUUGGGACAAUCUUCACCUCCCCCUACUGUCUGUAUCUGUGGCCACCAGGUGGCUCCUGUGAUCUCAUCUUCACCGUUUGUGGACAUGAAUCGCGACCGACUUGGGUUUAUGACAGACCCACCAGAUGAUUCUGCUACGUCCUUCAAGUUAGUUGAUCUGUCUUUAGAAGAAAGAGAGAUCCUGGGAAGUGAAGGUUAUCAGAAAACAACGCCCUCUAAAGAGUACGCCGUUUAUUCGUAGCAUUUUAGCGACGUUUGGCAACUCUCUAUCAGUCGAUUUGGGGGAAGAAAUCUACAAGCCCGUCAUCAUUUGUUUCUUGGUUUAUUCUAAAAAAAUGUACUGUUUUUUUUGCAAAGUUAAAAAGGAUGUGAACACUGUGAUGCUAACUGCUUGUCAUGCAACGUUUGGCGCCAUCUGUGAAUGUCAAAUUAAAAGUUACGUAACAUUAAUUAUGCAAACAUAUGUUAUUUCAACAAUUAUCUUUCAGAACCUAUAAGGUAGACAUAGCAACUUUUACAUUCUACUACAACAACAAUUUCCAGCCAACCUCUAUCUAUUAAUUUAUGAUGAAAGUAACUCCAACAGGAAAUUCCACCGACUAAGAAAGUUCAUCGCAGUUUGUUUUCUCGACAAAGAGUUUGGGUAUUCAUUUGAAGAUUGACCAAUCACUGCCGGAAUAAGAUGUUCAACAUAAUAGUUCCUUCACAUCAUACCGAAGUCCCAGCUUCAGCGAGUGUUUUCCUGCAAAUCUUUACUGUCAAGUUUUAAGAUACUUGCUCUGUUCAACAACAAUUAACAUAACUGUUUCCAGUGUAUUUUGCCAAUCACUGCAGAAUUAUCGAAUUCGUUAUUGGUUUUUCUGAAUAUGGUCAACAGAAACUGCAUAUUGUUUUCCAAUUUGUAUCAACACACAUUUUUUUUACUAGAUAUGUUUUACCGAAUAUCAAAAUAACUAUAAACGUAAUAAUUUGCUAUUCUUUCAUCAGACGCAGAUCAUCUCCAGAGAUUCUUCUAUCGACAUUGUUUGGAUAAAUAGUUUCUUUCUUCAACAUAGCAGGCUCCUUAACUUCUCCGCCAGUCCCAAUAAAUUUUUCCAAAUGUUCUUUCGACCAUUAUGGAAUUUAUAAUUUCCUUCCAGUUCACAAUUAAUGUUAUAGUGUUUCUCGAAAUGUCCUGCGAAUCAUUUUGGCAUUUCGAAUGUUUCUCUAGUGAUUACCAACGCUUCCGUUAAUCUUCCAAUCACUACCAACAUUGUAAUUGUUCCUCCAAUGACCACUGAUGUAACAAGAUUUUAUGGUACAUACAAAAUGAAGUAACAUUUAAGUACAUUGUCUUUGAUUCGAUGUUGUUUGUUGUUGUAAUGCUAAUUAACUCGCGAACUUAAUUACGACUUAGUAGAAAUACUAAUGAAGCAUCAGCAUUCACAAUCGAAAACUUACAGACUAAUCAGUACGUGCGUGUGUUUUAACAAACUAAAAAAAAACGGUUCAACUUAGUCAAUCAUUUUAGCUUCAGAGUCUCAAUAUGUAUAUAAAGUUAUGAAUACAGUCUCAGAACUUCAUUAUUGACGCUAAUUGACGCCGUUUUCGAUCUUCCAAAGAGUCUUAUGAGUGUAAACUGGCGAGACAGAUAGUUCAUGCUUCGUCGUUCCGAAUUGAUAUAAUAAUUUUUCGGACGAAGAAACAAAACACACAACAAAUUCCCUGUUUUAAUUCAGGAAUUUCCUUUUCAGUUCUUUCUUUCAAUUCUGGGUUCCUUUCAAGUCGUGAAAACGUAACAGAGAUUGAUUUCGUAAAAGAAAUUAAACGUCCGUGUAAAUUUAGAUAUUAUAUGGUGCUCCUACACAAAGGGACAAGAUUUAGGAACAAGUAUUUAUUUCGUGAUUACUUUCCACGAAGUGCUUGAAGCUUUGGGAAGAUGGGACUUUAAAACUAAGCUGAAUAUUUUGAACAAUAGUGUGCACAAACCGGGAAGAUGACGUCAUCUGUCAAGCAUAUUUUCGGAUACGGUGAGCCGUGGAACGAAGACUAGACAGUUCUUCAUGCAUACAGCUAAAAGAUUAAACCUGCAAAUGAAGAGCGGUUUAAAGGUUUGCAACAAACAUUUUUAAUUACUUGUUUUCGCAAGACUGUUUCGAUAUCUGAGCAGUUCACCGUUUGAGGGGUGACGUUUUUGUUAUUGUUGUGGACCCUUCCUCGCUGGUACAUUAUACUCAUCAGUGACGUUAAAAUUUGAUGUUGGAAUUUUUUUGAGUUGUAAUUAGGUUUAUUACGAUUAAAAAUAAAUGCAAGUAUUUAUUCUA